ACGUAUCCUCAACACUUCAUUCAACCAAGAAAUCUACCAAGUUACCUCAAACUCGUUCCCGAAAACAAUACAAUACCUCACCUGGAAAAACCAUCAGUAGCUCAAAGGUGACAGCUAAGUCAUGGGCCCUUGGUGGAUCAGUAAACCCUAAGAAGAUGAAGAGUCAAGCGGAUUUGGCCUCUCAUAUAAGCCGUCUUAGCAAGCGGCCACUUGACUCAAUCCAACAUAACACCCCCAUUGAAUCGCCCAGAUGGAUUAUUGGUAAACGAUUGGACUUUUUCACCAGUCCUCCACCACCUGCAUCAAACUUGAUCCCAGAAUCCACCCAAUUCCAACUUCCAAAUGGUAUCUAUGUGAUUGCACAUCCAAUCACCUAUCACAUCAAUUUCAAACAAAAGAUUGGCGAGGGAACCAUGCAAAGAGCUUAUGCAGCUGAGGUGAAAACGGAUCUGGGGGGUGGAAUUGAACAUGUUAAUAAUUGGGUAGCAAAGGAAAGUCUGAAGAAGUGUGAGCACUUGGACAAAAACUUGAGAAUAAAGGCCUCAAGGAUUGAGCUUGUUCAACAUGGUGUGAUUGCCACAGGUGAUAUGGAAUCACCAACCAAUGUCUACUUUUUAGAGUCUGCACUCGAUGGUCCUUAUGUGAAAUACUCAAGUAACAUCGAUUUUUCAAGACCUGAAAAUGAAGAUACGAUAGAUCCAGAAUUGUUCGAAUUGAUGGAUGCUUUCACCCAUUGGUCCUAUAAUCAAUCUGAUGGAAAGUAUCUGGUCAGUGACCUUCAGGGAGUUGGUGCAAUGCUGACAGAUCCCCAGAUUGUCGAUAUGGAUCCUGAGUAA